GUAAGGUCCUCUCCCUGGUAACUAGAUUCUUCCAUAGGGGCUUAGAAUGUGGAGAUCCCAUCCCACGGCUGCCUGCACCUGGCAGGGGGAUGCACAGGUGGACUCCUCAGGUUGGGGGAGAUGUUCUCACCCAGCCAAGCUGAGGUUCUGCCACUUCCUGUUUCUGGGGAGCAACUCCAGUUACCAGGGCAACAGGCUAAAAUAAGUCUUGUCUGGGUAGGGCCAAGGGCAGUGUCUGUCAUUGCUAGGGCAACUGAUGAGGCCCAUUGUUUGGCUCCAGGCUUUUCCUGGUACCCAGCAUGCUAAAUCACCUGGCAUUGAUUACCAGCCCACUCCACCACUGACUAUUGCUUGCCCAGAACCUGGCACUCAGAUCCCUGCUGCUUCCUGCUUUAUCGUUACUCAGCACUUAGGGGCUCAUUGACUCAAGAUGGUCCACAGCUGGUCUCUGUGACAGCAGCUGUGAUUUCACAAGGACUGGGGUGCGAUAAGGUGGCCUGGUUGAUGGGAAGCGGGAAGGAGUAGGAUCUCCUUCAGUGGCCACUUGACUGGGAUUCUGGUGGGUAUGGUCUGUGCACAGGGACCAAUCCAGAAGUUAACUUAUCCCAAGACACGUCCUAUCGCCCCAAACCCACAGAGAAACUGAACCUCCAGCUCCUCUGAAAUCAGCACAGCCCUAUGCUUGAGGGGCUUGGCUCCUAGGAUUACUUGGGAAGGAAGAGUACAGAACCAAUCCUGGGUGGGAAGAGGGGGACACAGGCGUUGGACGCCUAGAGCCCAAGUGGGGAGUGGCGGGAGCUGGAAGGGGGUGCUGCUGGAGGGGUGGCCCGGCUUAGCCUCCCACUAAUCGCCAGGACUGAGGACGCCGCCAGUGCGGUCACCGCGGACACAGUGCCAUUCACAUUAUUCACAUUCGCCUCACAUCGUCGCCUUCUUGGCAGUCAGCUCAGAGCGGUGGAAACGCCCCCACACUCCCCGCCCCUGCAAAAGCCCAGUCCGAAGGGGUAGGGUCGGGUGGAGGCCGCCUCUCCUAGACUUCCCAGCUCAAACUCCACUCCCACGGCCUGGCGUACACAGCCCGGGGCGCGCGAGGGUUAACCUCGCGGGGGUGGGGACUCCAGAGCGGUCGGGUCGGGUCGACUGAGCGAGGGAGGGGAGAGGAGGCGACAGGAGGCGCACGGAGCCGGCCGGGGUUGAGCCUCGGAGGCCGUUGGAGCCCCGCGUGUCGCAGGCCACCGAGCAGCCACUGGGAAACACGCUGCACCCAGCGAGGGGCCACUGCAAACCCCCUGCCCCAAACUUCAAGUCGGAAGCAGGGGAGAGACGCCUGUCAGGACGCCCCCGUCCCCGGGGACCACCACCUCUACCCCACGUCUGCGGGCGUUUUCCAGCCGUCUCUGCCCCUUCUCCGGCCACUUUAUUGCCUUUGGCCGGGGAUGAAGCCUGGAGGCGGUGGCCCCAUGGCGACCCCGGAGUCCGAGUCAGCCGACGUGACCCUGGGUCCGCCGCCGCCCUGGGCCUGCCCGGCUGACGUGCAUCUCUGCGGCCACCUGCGGAAGCAGAAGUCCCAGCGCCGCCGCUUCUUCGUGCUCCGCGCGGACCCGCCGCGCCUCGAGUGCUACGAGAGCGAGAAGAAGUUCCGCGCCGGCCGAGCGCCGCCCAAGCUCAGCGUGAAUCUGGCGGGCGCGUGCACCAUCAGCAAGCGCGUGGACGCGCGCCAGCGCCACCUGAUCGUCCUCUACACGCGCGACCGCAGCCUGGGCGUGGCGGCGGCCAGCGAGGCGGAGCAGCAGGCGUGGUACAGCGCCCUGCUCCAGGCGCGCGCUGCCGCCGAUCCCAGCUCCCAAGAGGACCCCGGGACCUGGAUCCUCGCUCCGUUUCAGGACAUCUGGCCCGUGACGCUGCGGCCCAAGGGGUUGGGGCGGACACGAGGCCUGGGCAGCGGGGGCUACUGCCUGUGCCUGGGUUCUGGGGUACUGAGCCUGCUGCGGAAGCCCAGGGGCAGAGGCUCCGAGGACACCCAGGCAUGGCCGCCGCCGCCGGCCCUGCGCCUGUCCCUGCUCAGCGUGCGCCGCUGCGGCCACGCAGACUCUUUCUUCUUCCUGGAGCUUGGCCGCUCGGCGCCCACGGGUCCCGGGGAGCUGUGGCUACAGGCGCCCGACGGUGUUGUGGCCCAAAGCAUUCACGAGACAGUCCUGGCCGCCAUGAAGCGACUCGGGGCCGGUGGUGCCGGUGGUAGGGCUGAGCCACUGCCAAGGGAUCCCCCGACGAGCGCCUCCAGGCCCUCUGUCCCCCAACCUUACGAGACCCCGGCCUCCGCGGCCCAAUCAAUCAGCCUGAGCCGUCCGGGGUGCCUGGGUGAGAGGAGCGAGCAAGCAACCCUCAACACCCUGGUGACGCUGGGGGCAGCAGCCUCGUACCGCGAGGGGUGGGAGCGAAGAGGGGGCUACAUAACCAUGGGAGCCGGGAGUGACUAUGAGCCCAUGGGGGGCGGCGAAGCAGGCGGCUACAUGGUGAUGGCGUCCCCAGGCCUGCCGGCCGCCGUCAACACCGCUCCCCGCCAGUCACUCCAGGAUUGGGGGGCCACUGAAUACGUGCCCAUGAGCCGCUUUGCACCAGGGCCCUUUUCCUCGAGCUCCUUGCCCCGUUCCUACAAGUCCGGAACGGGAGAGCCUGGACCCGAGCUCCAAGUCCCCUGUCUCCGCGUCGGGGAUGGAUGGGGACCAGCGGGGGCUCAUCCCUGCUUGCAGGCGCCUUCUGAGCUAGCCGGGGAGUACGUGUGCAUCCAGUACGCGGCCCCGGGCUACGUAGGAAUGGGCACUGCCAUACCGGAGCCCCUCGACGGCCGCCUCAACUACGUCGACCUGGACUUGGUCCAUCCUCUGCAGGCGCGAGGCGAGGCCCCCGGGGCCAGCACGCACCGCCAGCACAGCUACGCAAGCAUCGAGUUCCAGAACCUCGGGGAGGCUCGGAGUUCCUGCAGCAUCGCUCCAGAAUCUCAGGUCAGCCUUGGCCCCCCACCCUGCCUCCGAUGACGACUCUCACAUGGAUCUGCCCCUUGCCGCCACACACCUGCAGUGCCAGCCUUGUGUCUCCUCCCAGCCAAAGAACUAACCUCCAGCC